AUGGAUUCUUUCUUUUCAAAAUCAGGUGAUAAUAAAAACAUAGGGUCAAAAAUAGAGACCCCAAAUGUAAAGAAGAGGCACAGACGAGCAAAAAGUGGAGGCCUUAAAAAUAUUGAUCCUAGUCAAUUAGAUGAUUCUGACGGAUAUGAAUUUAUAAUUGUCUCCCUUGAUAGCAAACAGUGGCAUUUUGAAGCACAGAGUGUUGAGGAACGAGAUGAGUGGGUGAGUGCCAUAGAACAACAAAUUCUGUCCAGCCUUCAAGCCAAUGAAAGUAGUAAGGCCAAGAAUACAAGUGCAACUGACCCAGCCAGUAUUCAGGCUAUCCGCAACGUGCGAGGGAACAACUGCUGUACAGAUUGUGGGGCAACCAAUCCUGACUGGGCCAGUAUAAAUCUUGGUGCUCUUAUAUGUAUUGAAUGCUCAGGAAUUCAUAGGAACCUUGGAACCCACCUAUCUCGAGUACGAUCUUUAGAUUUGGAUGAAUGGCCAGUUGAAUACAUUCUUGUUAUGACGUCUAUUGGCAAUAGUAUAGUAAAUUCUGUUUGGGAGGCUAACACAAAAGGCCGACUCAAACCUGGUGCAAAUGCUUCUAGGGAAGACAGAGAAAAGUGGAUUCGGGCAAAAUAUGAAUGCAAAGAAUUUCUCCCUCCCCCAACCUAUGUUGAUAUCCCCCUUAAUCAGCAAUUGAUAGAUGCCUUAGUCAGAGAAGAUAUAAAGAACAUAAUCUUACUUCUUGGACAUGCACGGCCGGAGGAUAUUAACGCACCUUACAGCAAAGAUGACGGUCGGACAGCUCUCCAUAUAGCAGCUGCUUUAGGCAAUGUUGUUUUUGUCCAGCUUCUUCUUUGGUACAAUGCCAAUGUGAAAGUGUUGGAUCAUGAAGGUCGAAAUGCAUUGUGGUAUGCUAGGGGUUCUGGUUCUCCCGAAUGUGUUGACCUUUUGGUCACCAACGGAUGUCCAGAACAUCCAACUUUACCACGGCGUCGAGGCAGUGUUCAACCAGGGAAGAAUGACAUGAGUACCACUGCUACCAUUUUUUUUUUUUUUAAUUGUAUAUUCCUUAUUUCCUUCUCUCUUUUCUCACUCUCUUCUCUCCCCUUUUCUCUCUCUCUCUCUUCUCCCCCUCUCUCUCUCUCUCUCUCUCUUCUCUCCCCUUUCUCUCACUCUCUCUCUCUCUCUUCUCCCCCCCCUCUCUCUCUUCUCUCUCUCUCUUCUCUCUCCCCCUUCUCCUCUCUCUCUCUCUUCUCUCCCCCCUCACUCUCUCUCUCUCUUCUCUCCCCCUUCUCUCCUCUCUCUCUCCCCUUUACUCCUCUCUCUCUCUCUCCCCCCUUUCUCACUCUCUCCUCUCUUCUCUCCCCCUUUACUCACUCUCUCUCUCUCUUCUCUCCCCCUUUACUCACUCUCUCUCUCUUCUCUCCCCCUUUCUCCUCUCUCUCUCUUCUCUCCCCUUUCCUCUCUCUCUCCUCUUCUCUCCCCUUUCUCUCUCUCUCUCUUCUCUCUCCCCUCUCUCUCUUCUCUCUCUCUCUCUCUCUCCCCCCUUCCUUCUCUAUCUCCCUCUCUCUCUUCUCUCCCCCUCUCUCUUCUCUCUCUCUCUCUCUCUCUCUCCCCUUUACUCCUCUCUCUCUCUCUCUCUCCCUCUCUCCUCCUCUCUCUUCUCCCCCUCCUUUCUCCUUUCUCUCUCUCUCACUUUCUCCCUUCCUCUCUAUUUCUCUUCUCUAUCUCUCUCUCUCUUCUCUCCCCCUUCUCCUCUCUCUUCUCUCUUUCUCUCCCCCUUCUAUCUCUCUCUCUCUCCCCCUCCUUCUCUCUCUCUCUCUCUCUCUCCCCCUUUCCUCCUCUCUCUCUCCCCUUUUCUCUUCUCUCCCCCUUUCCUCCUCUCUCUCUCCCCUUUCCUCUCUCUCUCCCUUUCUCCCUUUACUCUCUCUCUCACUUUCUCCCUUUACUCUCUCUCUCACUUUCUCCCUUUACUCUCUCUAUUUCUCUUCUCUCUCACAUAGCAGGUAA